AUGGCGUCAGGGAUGAAUAUGGGCUUUAAUGCCCUCCUCAUUUUAUGUCUUGUGCUUGUCGUGCUUCCCUCUCAAGUCCAUGCCUUUGGCGCUGGCAAUAUCGCUUCGAUCUCCACCGUCGAGGGCAAGAACUGGCGCCAUGGCGAUAUUGAAGAUAUGCUCAAGACUGUCGCCUUUAUCAAAGGCCAUAAGUGGACUUCCACCAUGAUGAAGCGCGUCUACUUUGGCAACUGGUUACGUGAUUACUCCCAGGCGAUGGACGUCGGCACCCUCAAGAGUGUCCAAGCUGACACUAUCCGAAUCCUUGUCUGGAUCCUGUCUUUCAUGACUUUCGGUUAUGCGACGGCGGAGUUUGAGGUCACAUCUGACAGGCUCGGAACUUAUCGUCCCGAAGAGCAUAUUGACAACCCAAAGGAUUAUGCCGACAACCAAGACGCACGUCAGUACGAUUCCCGGCUGCGUGGCCCGGUGCGUCAAGUUGAGCUCGAUAUCGAUCCCGAUACCGGUAUGAAGAACUAUAUCGCCAACGAACGAGGAGACUGGUCCACGAGUUCUGGUUAUGUCAAAUAUAGUUUGGCUCGCAGUAUCCAUUAUGGAAGACUGUAUACCAAGAAUAGAAACGAAGAGGACCUCUGCGAAGCUUUGCGGUGCCUCGGCCAAGGACUCCAUACUCUUGAGGACUUUGCAGCACACACGAACUACUGCGAACUCGCGCUUCGUGAGAUGGGCUUCCGUAAUGUAUUCCCGCACACCGGCACGCGGACUGAGCUGAACGUUCGGGGUCACCGUGUUUACCCUCUCAUAACAGGCACAUUCGGUAUGGUUGAUUUCUUCCAUUCCAUGCUUGGAGAAGCGACCGAUCAUUUCACCCAGUCGGAGGUUAAUGAAAUGGAUAUUGCGCUGGGAGAUGCACAGACAAAUACAUCUUCCGGCUCUGCUAGCGCGUUGACAGCACUGCUCGGCAAAGUCCCUGGCACGAGGGAUCUUGUUAACGAAGCUGAGGAGCUCAGGCGCCGCUCGGACGAGCAAGAAUCAUUAAACAAGCGUGGCGGUCAUAGUUCAGGCUAUUCAGCCCGCGGAUCUGCUCGAUCCUUUGACGACUUCGACUCAGGCAGCAGCCGAGGCUUUGGAGGUGAACAAAGCAGGGCUGCCAGAGCUGAUGACUCCAAUCAGAGUUCCUCGGGUGGCUUGCCCGGGCUGCCUGAUUUCGAUGCAAACAAGACCAUUGAUCAGAUAUACCCUAUUCUGCAGUUCAGAGAUAAUGUCGUGCGGAAUCUCUCAUCCAUCAUUGAAAAAAUCCCUGGUCUAGAAACCCUGGUCGAGACGAUCACUGAAACCUUAACCGUUUUUGUCAUGUCUCUUUUGGCGCCCUUCGUUCGUCCUAUCAUCAAUGCUGCCUCCAAGCAGCUUCAGGCUGGCUCCUCUAGCGUCAUUGAUGCUUCUGGUCAACACCAGUAUGAGCCAUGGACUGACCCUCACUGCACCGACCCUACCCACUCCUUGCUGUCUAAGGAUCACUUCUCCAAUAUCCUCAAUGAGCCAGCUGGUCAAGUCGCUUCUGCCAUUCUCAAAUAUGUCGCACCUCGCGUCCUGUACGCUUGGGAGAACACCAACAUCUCCGAGCGACAGGUUUCGGAAGAUUGCCUCAAAGUAUUCCAUCAUCCCGCUCUAAGAGAUAUGCGCAAUGAAGCACAUCGGACUAUGUACGAAGCAGUCGAAUCUUGGGUGCAGUCUAGGUCGGAUCGUGGCUCCAAGCUUAACGAUAUUCUCAGUGCCGAGGGUGUGAAGGCGGGAAAGAAUCAAACAGGGGAGGGCGGCCACUCCCAUGGGCACGGCCAUAGCCACAGUCAUGCACCUCAGCAGUCCCAUAAUCAGUCAGGACAGUCACAAUACCGUCCACCCCAACAGCAACAGCAACAAACGCUUUCUCUAACUUUGGGCUGGGUGGUUCCUCGAGGAGUGAUGAGACUUCGCAGCAGACUACAUCUCCACCUGAGCCUCAGCAUCAUCAUCAUCAACAACAACAACAACAACAACAGUAUGAUCAGUCUUAUCAUGAGCUAUCUCAUCAACGCCAAGACUAUGAAUCUCGCCACCAAGGCUACCAGUCACGUCACUCCGAGGACGAUCACAGCAGCUAUCAGAGUCGCCAUCACAGUCAUGGGGGUGGGCACAGUGCGGACUACUAUAACGAAUCAUCGUCUAGCCACGGAUACGGUGAUUACUCCGAGUCUCAGGGACACAGCCAACGUCGCCACCACAACAGUCAUCAGAAUCAUAGCUAUGAUCAAGGUUACGAUUCUGGAUAUAACCAAGGCUCAGGGCAAGGAUAUGAAUCUGGAUAUAACCAAGGUUCCAGGCGAGGCUCCGGACAAGGCUACGGACAAGGAUAUGAAUCUGGAUAUAACCAAGGUUCCAGGCAAGAUUCCAGGCGAGGCUCCGGACAAG